AGUGUCGGAUCAUGCACCUUGCAGUAACAAUAACGCGCGCUAUUGAAGUUCUGUUGACUAACGUGCGGUGGGGUUAGCGCAUUGCGAUCUCAGGGAUGGACGUAUUUUUAAUGGUGCGUCGUCAUAAAACCACCAUGUUUCUGGAUGCGAAAGAGUCCUCAACCGUUCUGGAGCUGAAACGGAUGAUAGAGGGCAUUCUGAAACGUUUGCCGGAAGACCAGAGAUUGUAUAAAGGAGAUGGGAUACUCGAAGAUAGUAAGACGCUAGGAGAUUGCGGCUUCACAAGCAAUAACGCGAAGGCACAGCAACCUGCCGACAUUGGGCUAGCUGUAAGGCAGGAAGAUGGUGAAUUUGAACCAAUGUUUAUUGAAGAGCUGUCAAAACCUCCAGAAUUACCAGAAGUAAUGAAGCCUCAAGAGCCCAAGGCAGGAGACGACUGAUCUCAUAAAACAUUGAAAUCCUUGUUUUGAAGAUGGCAGUGGAUUGAGAUAAUUUAAUUACAUUUGCACCUUUUCGUCCAUUAGAUGAGAUAUAGGCGUACAUGUACUGUAGUUACUUUGCCUGUCUGUAGUCUGUAGGCAUAGCGCAGUAGCUAGCUAGACAAGGGUCUGAUUUUUGUUGCACAGGA